AUGAAUAGCCCUAGUAGGAGCCGAGUUAUCUUUCUUGAAGCCCCAAGACCGCAGGACUUUGCCCUGAGAAUGUCUCGACGAGAAGGUCGUGAUUCCGAUUCCAAUCGACGAGAAGGUCGCGAUUCCGAUUCCAAACGCCAUCGUUCCAGGUUCGAUCAAGAACCCAGUCCUAAGAGAUCUAGGAGGGACGGUAAACCAGUGACUGAGAGACCAUUCCCACCUAACAGCCUAAAUUUGGAUGGUGGAGACCAGUCAGCUCGGGAUCAAAAGCACCGCCGUCGGCUGCAAGAUGCUUUGCCUCUUGAGGCCCCAGUAGCACCUGAUCCUAAGGUACAAACUGGAGCAUUGAAUAAGGAAACUGACAACAAAACUAAUGGAGACCGUGAUGGAGCUAAACAAUCUUCUGAAUCUACUGAAGUUCCUCGAUCUCGAUCCUUUUUUCAGCAUGAUGACCGUGGUAGUGCACGGCAAGUUGGUCGAAGCUUCAGUCGCAGGGCAGGUACUGGUGAGUUCCCACAUCUUAGUUUUUCUAUUAGUCUUAACAUUAUUAUGGCAGAUGUGUACCUGUGCCACCUGUUCUGUCCAUCAUACUUUUACAAUAUAUGA